AUGAAAGUGCUGAGUGCCGUCACGUCGUGUGUUUUUGCUGCCGCUCGUCCGCUGCUUCUCGCCCAGCGUUGUCGUCCUCUCCUCCGGCCUGUUUGUCAGCCGCGUCGCACCAUGGCCGACAACAACAACAACAAAAACAACAAAAUGAAUGACAAGAUGAAGAAGUCCACCAAGCUGCAAGCAAAGCCGCUGCGGAUGCUAAAGAGUAAAGAAAGUCGCAACAAACACGGGGAAGUACACAGCCCCGCCACCGUGUACGUGCAGGUGGUCGGUGCAGGAAGUCGGGACAAUGCCGCUUCGCUUUACGUCUUCUCCGAAUUCAACAGGUACUUGUUCAACUGCGGGGAAGGAACGCAGAGACUCAUGCACGAACACAAGCUGCGAGCGUCGCGACUCGACAAUAUCUUCUUGACCAGGAUGAGCUGGGAAAAUGUUGGCGGUCUUUCUGGAAUGAUCCUCACUUUGAAGGACACCGGAGUGCCCGAGUGCGUCCUCUCUGGGCCACCGCAGCUGGAGGGCUACGUGAAAGCCAUCAAAACAUUCUCCGGGCCACUGGACAGCAUCCAACUUUCCGUUCGUCCAUACACGGAUCCAACAUACAUGGACGACACCAUGACCGUAGUGCAAGUUCCCAUUGUUGCCGCACUAAGAAGUGGCCAACCCUCACCAGGGAGUAGCCGUUCCCCGAGUCCCGCCUCCCCAGGGAAAGACUGCGAGCACCCCGAUGAUGCCAGGAACCGACCAAGAGAAAAAAGGAAAGUAACAAGAGAUGCGUCACUCGUGGUUGCAUUCAUAUGCAAACUUCAUCCCAAGAAAGGAAACUUCUUGGUGGUCGAGGCCAAGGAACUUGGACUUCCUGUGGGUACUGCUGCCAUCGGUCCGCUCAUCGCCGCUCUGAAGGCCGGGAAAAGCGUCACGUACAACGGCAAAGAGAUCAGACCGGAGCAAGUGUGCACGCCCACCGAUCCUGGACAGGCCUUUAUCAUCGUGGAGUGUCCUUCCGAGGAGUUUGUUGCACCGCUAUGCGAAAGCCACCACAUCUCAAGCUUUCACAGUGGGGGGACAGAGGACGCCCCCGCCCUGAUUGUGCAUAUAACUCCCGAGGCAGUGCUGAAAAGCCCACAGUACCGAGACUGGAUGAAAAGGUUCCCAGCAAGCACCGAACACCUGAUCCUCAAUGAGCACGCCAGGUCUGCACACAAUGUCCGCAGCCACAAGAUCCAAGCGCAGCUCAAUAUGAUCCACUCCGACGUCUUUCCUCACCUCAAGACCUACACGCCCAAGGAUUGUCAAGCAUCUCUGGACGUCUCGGCGGUGCGAGGCGAAUGCCUACUCAAGUUCCAGCUGCGACCAGUCAUUGAGUGGCAAAGAGAUGCCAUCCCCCCCUGUAGCUAUGAGGAUUUUGUCAAAGAGGCUUAUGAUGUCCCCAACUUCUUGCAAGAAGUGGACAAAUGUCAACAAUUACGGUCUGGCGGCUCUCCAGGUCCCCUUGGACAAGCAGAGUAUCCCGAAUUUGUUUUCUUGGGAACCGGAUCAGCUCUGCCCAUGAAAAUCCGAAAUGUCAGCAGCACUUUAGUCAACAUCAGCACUGGACAAUCACUGCUGCUGGACUGCGGCGAAGGGACCUUCGGCCAGCUGUGCCGGCACUACGGCGAUGACGUAGACCAGGUUCUGUCCGACAUCUCGGCCGUGUUUGUUUCGCACAUGCACGCCGAUCAUCACACUGGUCUCAUCAAGCUGCUGUACCAAAGACAACGUGCCCUGGUGACUUUAGGAAAGGCCUGGAGUCCCCUCCUGCUCAUGGCCCCCCGGGGCAUGAUGAGCUGGCUGUGGCAGUAUCACCACAGCUGUGAGAAGGUCCUCCAUCAUGUCAACUUCAUCCCCAAUGACGUCCUGCGCCACAAAGCCGAAGCGCCCGACCCCAAAACGCAGGCCUUUAUCACAGAGCUUCUGAACAACACCACCUUGGAAAAGUUCCAGACAUGCUGGGUGCGUCACUGCAAGAAUGCCUUUGCCUGCAGCCUUACUCACAAGUCAGGUUGGAAGAUUGCCUUCUCUGGAGACACCAUGCCCUGUGAUGCCCUUGUGCAUAUGGGCAAGAAUGCAACCUUGCUGAUCCACGAAGCCACAUUGGAGGAUGGCAUGGAGGAGGAAGCUGUAGAGAAACGGCACAGCACGACAUCACAGGCGAUCGACACAGGCAUGCGGAUGAAUGCUGACUUCAUCAUGCUUAAUCACUUCAGCCAGCGUUACGCCAAGAUCCCGCUCUUCAGCAACGACUUCACCGAGCGGGUCGGCAUCUCCUUCGACCACAUGCGGGUGCGUCUGGGAGACCUGAAGGUCCUCCCGGGUCUGACCCCGGCGCUGAAGACCCUCUUUGCCGUGGAGCUUGAGGAGAUGGAAGAGAGAAGAGAGCGACGGGAGCAGAGGCAGCAGUUCUGGGCCAUCAGCGCCGAACCGGCAGACAUCGACCGUGGUGCCAAGCGGGAACAGGAGGAUGACGAUUGCGCCCAAACUAAGAGACAAAAGAGCAGCUGA